CCCCAGCGCUGCAGGUUGAAUCUAUUGCCCCUAUUUCCUGUCACAUGGGUUGGAAAUAGGAUCCCUCUUUCUACUAUCUGUUGCCGUCUUUGUGGUGUCAGUGUAGUAGAAGCUGUAGGACCUGCCUUGAAGUUCAGGGACUUUUAACGCCGGCCAAAGAGCGACUCCUGCACAGACCCAGAGAGUCUGCCAGCCAGUCAGUCAGUCAGUCAGUCAGUCAGUCCACCAGCCCGCUGGUCUGCGCAUCUGUCCGGCUUGCUGCACUUCACCUGAGAGCCAGUUCAGACUCUUUAAUCACACGAUGGAUUCCUGGACAGUCACCUCUGCUAUUCUUCUCGCUGGGGUUAUUUCUUCUGCGGCUUUUAGUGUUUUCGACACUGAGUGUUACACUGCCAACGGAGAAGACUACAGGGGCUUCCAGAAUCAGACCAGCCUGCAUGGUGGUAAACCCUGCCUCUUCUGGAAUGAGACCUUUCAGCACCCUUACAACACCCUCAAAUACCCCAAUGGAGAGGGUGGUUUGGGCAGCCACAACUACUGCAGGAAUCCUGAUGGGGACGUGCAGCCGUGGUGCUACAUCGCAGAUCAUGAAGACGGGAUCUACUGGAGAUACUGCGACAUCCCUACAUGCCAGAUGCCUGGGAACUUGGGCUGCUUCAAAGACAGCGGUGACCCGCCCACUCUGUCCGGCACCAGCGAGACCUCCAACAAACUCACCAUCCAGAACUGUAUUAGCUUCUGUAGGAAGCAGAGAUACAAGCUUGCCGGCAUGGAAUCAGGAUACGCCUGUUUCUGUGGCAACGAAGUGGACCAGCGUGACCACGGCGAGUCGCCUAGCAUGGAGUGUAACCAUGUUUGCUUCGGCGACCACACCCAGCCCUGCGGCGGGGACGGCUGGGUCAUCAUCUUUGACACCCGAGUUGGGGCCUGCGGUGGAAACUACUCCUCUCCAUCAGGAGUGAUCUACUCCCCUGACUUUCCCGACAAGUACGGGGCUGGCCGUGUUUGCUACUGGACUAUCCAGGUCCCUGGAUCCUACGCCAUCCUCUUCAACUUCACCUUUUUUGAGAUCUCCGACCAGACAGACAUGGUGGAGCUACUGGACGGCAACACCAACCAGGUGUUGGCGCGCUUUGACUGGCGCAGCCCGCCAAGGGAGCUAGUGAACGUCACUGGUGACUUUGUCAUACUGUACUUCUACUCAGACCGCACCAACCAGGCCCAGGGAUUUGCUCUGCUUUACCAAGCACUGAGAAGCCAGGACACCAGAACAAUGGAGGCUGAAGGAGAUGAGGAGGAUGAAGGAGAGGACGUCUCCAGCACAGUGGGGCCCCAGCUAGCUGGUGCCAUCACCGAGAGAUCCAACAGCACCUCGAACGGACGUUCCUCCCAGAUCCUCUAUGUGAUCACGUCCAGCCCCGGUAAACCGGAGCACAACAUGCCAGGUCAGUGGGCUGGACGCGGCGAGACCACCGGCCACAGCGCUAUGUGGACUAUUUAUGCCCUGGCUGCUCUCCUCAUUCUGACGGUCAUAGCCAUGGUGGCGAAGCUUCUGCUGCAUAUGACGGUCAAGUCUCCGAACAUCCCAACGGUCAGCAGUUCAGACAGCUGCAGCCAGAGCACAGCAUCCUCUGAGCCUUGGAUCAUCCUGUACCGGCCUUCCACCAUCUCCCUCUUCAAAAAGAAGCUAAAGAACCACCACGGCGACCUCAGCCCCCUGGUGGGAAACUAGCACCACUGCUGCGCUCCACCGUUAACCAAACGCUACCGCCACCCACAACUACUCUGUACAAGGGCCGUCAGAUGCCAGGUCCUCAGACAAUGAAACUAUAGGAGGCAUUACUCCAACAAGCCAACAACUGAGUGACUAAUGACAACUGACUGAGUGACUGCUACUAAAUGGCCCGUGGGCCGAAAGUGGCUGGGCCCUCCCAUCCUGCUCAGCACCAAAGAGGAAGGGGACAUGCAGGGCUGUCAGUGGCCUCCGUGUGGGAGAGGAGAGCGAAGGAGUAGAUGGAGGACGACCGGCAGCUCUGACAAAAAUACAAGGACGCUUUUAACAUGCAGGAAGCUUCUCUGGUUCAGCGAGGCCCGAUUUCCAUCAUCCAUGGAUGUCCCUAACAAUCAACAUACCUCCAAAAACCCUUCCAGACUGCAGGCUCACCAGUGAAAACACAACAUAGCCGGGUGCAGAUUAACGGUUAACUUCACUGUCUGUGUUCAGUUUAGGAAACAGAGAGGUUUACCUCUUCCUGGUGUUUCAGAGUCACAGCGGCAACCAAAUCUUCAUCAGCAUUAAGGAGGGGAUGAAGACAUGGAGUCUUUGAUACACACACACACACACACACACACACACGCGCACACACACACACACACACACACACAUAGCGUGUAACACUUAACAGCUUAACAGUUUUGUAUAACUCUUCUAACUGCCUCAUGAUGACGAUGAAUACUUGCUGCCAAAAACCAGAAUUCUCCCAUCCAAAGAGUUAUAUAUUUAUUUGUCUUUUGGAUUCCUUAUGCAAAGUACUAAUGUUUCUUUUUGAUGUGUUUAACAUGAAAACUAGCUUUCUGAGAAGAGGGAAACAGGACAUGGAAACGAUACACGAAAGGUAGAUAUCACAGCACUUUGGGAAUGAAUCACUUGUCGUAAAAUGAAAAGAUCAGAGAGAGAGAGAGAGAGAGAGAGAGAGCCCACUUGUUCACUCAGAGCUCAUGUGGAUUUGGGUGGAGAGAUAAGUAGCAUCGUUCACUGGGGGGGUGGGGGGGGAGGUGUGUGGUACAGUUUGCAGACAAACUGCCAUUUAGGGAGGCUUGGGAAGAUCUGAGGGCUUUUUCUGCUCGGUUGUGGGUGGGAGUCUUUCCGGUUUGAUGGUGUUCAAGUGCCUUAAGGAUCUCCUCUUCCCUUGUCUCAGAUGCAGAACAUCUGUUUCUUUCAUGGUCUCUCACAAGAGUCUGCACUUCUUUAAAAUCAGCGUGGAUGUGCAGAGUUUCAUUCCAAAAUAGGAUUUCUACCACUUAGAUGUAAAGUAAAAAAAAAAAAUCAGGCCACAUCUUGUACAGUGAUUGAAAGCAUCAAAUAUUAUAUUAUUUUUAAACAUAGUGCACUCAACUGAACACCUCUCCAUACUGGAUCUUUAAAAAAAAAUUAUUACAUGAUGGACAUUAGAUGAUUAGAUGAUUUUGCUUUUUUUUUCAAAAUGAACACAUAGCCUUUUGGAAUAGAAGUCUUUAUGUAGUAUAAUGGACAAGACUUUAAAAGAAAUUGUUUCUAAUUUCUGUGUGUGCUCUUAUGUGUAGUCUUGGACAUUUACUGAACAUAUUGUUCACAUUAAGUUGUCUUUUGAUUACAGGGAGGGGUGGGGGUAUUGUUGUAUAUUAUGUAAUUCAGUGUGGGAAUAUUUAUGUCCGCUCUUUCAUUUUGUGUCUCGCCAAAGCAUUUAAGAGACCCGUCUAAGUACUUCCUAGUCAACUUGGCGUAAAGGUGAAAUGCAUUUUUUCUCUCCUUAGACAGCCGUAAAUUGCUUAAAUUCUACAAGACACUGCAGACUUGGAACUCUUCUACUUGAUUUCAGGCCAAAAGGUUGAACGCAAACAAUAUACCCAGACAGAAAUAUAUCCAAAAGCACUCAAUGGUACUAUGCACAAGCUGACAGCAGGUUUGUAGCUGUGAUAGUUUUCUGUGCAUUGCUGUGACAUUUAAACUACUUGUGAAAGGUCAAAAUCUACUAGUUGGCCAUUGGCAUUGGCCUUUCCUGUCUUGGGACUGAAUGUUUCUGCAGAUGGUCACCCCAAAAAAAUGUUUUAUCACUGACAGGAGAAAAUAAAAAUAAAGGAGGUUUGAAACAUCAAUGCACUUACAUUUGCUUCUACUUACAAGAUGAAAUAGUACUUAUUCCCUUUUGCAUUCAGUUUCAGUGAAAAGAAAAAAAAGUACUUGUGCAGCAACCUGAGCACUUGAGACAAAAGGUUAUAUUUUACACAUGAUGCAGCAUCACAGUGACAUCGAAGAUUUAUAGUUUUCCAAGAAUAAGACAGAAUUUGAUUCCCAUGAAAAAGAUGGAGAACCUUUCUUUCCCAAUCAGAAGUUUAUAAAAAUUGUGACUGUGUGCUAUAUUCUGCCUGUCUGCUCAACUGUAACUCAUGUUAAUUAUUGCAAGACAAGAGCACAUGCCCCUAGGUCUGUGAUGUUCAGAGCAGACCAUGCGUAGAGAGAGGGAGAAAAAAACAGCAUAGAUGUGAGAGUGAUGGGAAAUUAAUGUGCGUUCAAAUCAAACACAAGCUAACAAAAUCUGACAGUUAAAAUCUAACAAGGGCAUAUUUGUUUGGAUUGCCUGGUGAAUUAUGCAAACUCCCAUUUUCUGUCCCGUUCUCCAGUCAGCCGGAAAAUUCCACUCUAUCUUCUGAGCGUUUCCCAAACUGUCGUUGAUGUGAAUGUCCUGUAGUUCUCGAUGACAUGAAAGCAACACCAGAAGCCCGGUGGGAAAUGACCUGGAGGGGCCAAAACAUUGGUUUCAUGAAAUUGUAAAUAGCAAAAUAGUGAAAUGUUUAAUUUAUACAGUAAAUUAUUGUUAUUUUGUAUGUGAAUGGGAUAUAAUCUAUCUUUUGUAUAAGUGAAGUAUCUUUGUAGUUUUAUUUAAUGUGUCCUGGUUGCAAAAUAAAACACUGUAUGCAUGUUUCUUA